CCCAUGGCAACCCCGGAGCCCGCAUUCCGCGGCUGGGCUUGGAGCUCGCUGCCUGCCUGACUAGCUGGAACCCGUUCGGCGCCCACCGGUUCGGGGGCGGCUCAGCCACGAUGCCCAGUGAAACUCUUUGGGAAAUUGCAAAAGCUGAAGUGGAAAAAAGAGGAAGUGCUGGAAGUGAAGGUGAUGGAGCUGAAAUUGGAGAAAAAUCUGUUUUCUUCAUUGGCAGUAAAAAUGGGGGAAAGNCGACUAUUAUUCUAAGAUGUCUUGACAGAGAUGAGCCACCAAAACCAACCUUAGCUUUGGAAUAUACAUAUGGAAGAAGAGCAAAAGGCCAUAACACACCAAAAGAUAUUGCUCACUUUUGGGAACUGGGUGGAGGGACCUCUUUGUUGGACUUGAUCAGCAUACCAAUCACAAGUAACACCUUACGGACCUUUUCUAUUGUUCUUGUUUUGGAUCUUUCAAAACCUAAUGACCUUUGGCCCACCAUGGAAAAUCUGUUGCAAGCCACAAAAGGUCACAUAGAUAAAGUGAUGAUGAAACUGGGAAAGACAAAUUCUAAAGCAGCUUCUGAAAUGAGACAGAAGAUAUGGAGUAAUAUGCAGAAGGACCAUCCAGAUCGUGAACUUAUUGACCCAUUUCCAAUACCUCUGGUCAUAAUUGGAAGCAAAUACGAUGUUUUUCAGGAUUUUGACUCUGAGAAGAGAAAGGUAAUAUGCAAGACACUUCGAUUUGUUGCACAUUAUUACGGAGCAUCACUAAUGUUUACCAGUAAAUCAGAAGCUCUGUUACUAAAAAUACGUGGAGUUAUUAACCAGCUGGCAUUCGGCAUUGACAAAAGCAAAUCGAUAUGUGUGGAUCAGAAUAAACCACUGUUUAUCACAGCAGGAUUGGAUUCUUUAAGUCAAAUAGGAUCUCCUCCUGUUCCUGAUAAUGACAUUGGAAAGCUUCAUGCCCAUUCACCAAUGGAGUUGUGGAAAAAAGUAUAUGAAAAGCUCUUUCCACCAAAGAACAUCAACAUGCUAAAAGAUAUCAAGGACCCUGCACGAGAUCCUCAGUAUGCGGAAAGCGAAGUUGAUGAGAUGAGAAUUCAGAAGGAUCAGGAACUGGAACAGUACAAAAGAAGUUCUUCCAAGUCUUGGAAACAAAUUGAGCUUGAUUCUUGAACCUAAUUCACCCAUCAUGUAUUUAUUUCUUCUUUCCCAAAUACAAGUAAGAUUAUUUUAUUAAUUAAACAUUGUGGCAAUAUGUAAAGAAAGUUAAAAUGUGUAAUUUACUAAAGGAAAAGCUGAAUUUCUUGUAGUAGACAAACCAAACUUGCUAGAUAUUUUGAAAUCUUUUAAAAGGGAAAAAAAUUAUGUAAUGACAUGUAAUUUUUUUUUUCAGUACAAGAAUCUUCUACUACUACCUCUAACAUGUUUAAGUAAUGUAUAUUCAAUUCAGCAUGUAUCAAUUUCUGCUUCUAUGUUUUUAGGAAUAUGAAAACCAGAUUAUUCAGUAACCGUUUGAAACAUAAGGCUAAGCACCCAUGUUGCACACAUACGUUCUUUGAGGGAGUUCUCAGCCAUAGCUGGUAGGAAACCAAACUGGGCUUACAUGUGUCAUGAUUUUAUUCUAGACAAGGGCACGAGAAGCACUUGAAGUACUUCUGUCAACUGCACAUUCCUGUCUCCACACCAGAGAUUCUGAAUCAGUGGCCUGGAAUGGGGCGUUUUUAAUCAGCACCUGCCAGUGAAAUGGACACAUUUAUUUUAAAUAACACUUUUUGGGGACCAGCAGUUAGUGUAAUGGCUGUGUUGCUGGACU